AUGUCAUUUCUCGGAGACCUCUGCGGCUGCUUCACCCGCAAUGCAUCCCCGCAUUCAUCGGAACCAAAGCCAGUCCCUCCACGCCAAAUUCAUUCCCGAAGCAGCAUCCAAACGGGUCGCUUCACUCUCUCUGGCGAAGGAGAAUUUAUUCGCGCAGCCGGUGCCAGCGAACAAGAUGGACACGGACACGGGCACGGACACGGACCUCCCACUGACUCAGAUGGAGGUUAUUCGAGCGUAGUCCCACUACCACAGUAUACGCCGCGCCCGAUGAGCAUCCAUGAGAAAACUCUCGAGGCACAUCUACUCGUCAACUUUACGAAGAGGAUUAGCUAUGGGAAUACGUCGACAGCCACUCGUGAAACUCCACCGCCGCCUUACUCGCCACGUCACUCCGUUGUUUUAUCUACCAGGUCGAGAUCUAUGUCGGUUACGUCGGCUAUGGCUGUUACUAUUAAUCCGCCCCCAAUGGCUAGAGUCAAUGGUAGAGUGGCUGGUCGUAUAACGGCGCCCUCAUCUGAGGCAGAUGAUAUUUCUAUCCGUCGUUUGCGAAGAGUCUCCUGGGAGAGUCGUUGA